AUGCUUCGUUUCACGUUGUUGCUGGGAUUUUGCGCUGUAGCAUUCGCCAAGAAGAGCGUUAUUGCGGAAAAGGGAGUGAGCAUCAUGUUGCAAGCGGUGGGCUCAGCCCGAACAGCGGGCACUGUCCGUAUGUGCACUUGUCAAGAGAUGCAACGGUGUAUCGCUCAAGACAUGAAUACGAUGAACACGUGUAGUCAGCAGUGCUACGGAGUGUUCUCGUCGGUCACCCGAACUCCAUAUGCUUUGAGAGGCUGCCUAGAUCAAGGAACCGCGAAUCAGGUCACCUCUUGUGUCACUUCGGGAUUGUUCAGCUGUAACGGUCGUGGCUACACCCGUCGGUACAGCUAUCAACGAUUCUACUCCACCGUACUUCUUCAGCUUCAAUCGCGCAAGAACGAGCUCACUGGAACGUCGGCUCUGCGAAUGAUUCAGCCAGUCGCCAGCGCUGGGCUCGACUUCGGCGCGUGCUCCUUGAACUGUUUCAAUCGCUACAAUCCGGAUCGGUGCUUUGACUCGCUUGGAUGUCAACCACAAGUGAACGAGCAAAUGGUGCGCCCGUUGGCCAAGAAAUGCUUCAAGCAAAUCGAGCGCGCCGCCGCCUCCAAGUGCUAUUGUAUGCUCAACGCUGGUGUGAGCUCUCUGCGAAACUUUUGCGGGUUGGCCUCGUCGUUGAUGAGGGGU